CGCGCGGCAGUCUCCCCCAUCAUGGCGAGCGGUGUCCGGCUUCUGGUGGUCCGCGCCGCCUACGGCCUGCACUCUCCCCGCUGCCUCCGCUCCACCGCCGCCGCCCGCCAAGAGCAGCCGGGGGAAACGCCGCCGCCGCCUCCUCCUCCUCCUCCGCCCGAGCGGGGCUCGGCGCGCAGCGAGACCGGCCCGCGGGGGACGCCCCGAGUGCAGCCGCUGCCGCCCGCCGUGCACUUCGGGGACGCGCGGGAGGCGUUUCGCAGCAAGCGCAGCGCGGAGCUGGUGCGGGCUCUGGUGGUGCUGGGGCUGUGCACGGUGGAGCCGUUGGUGGCGCGGAGUCGGCAGCUGAUGAACCUCAGCCGGAAGCUGCUGGGGCAGCAGCUGUUUGAGAAGCUGAUGAAGAUGACCUUCUAUGGGCAGUUUGUGGCUGGCGAGGACCAAGCGGCCAUCAAACCCCUGAUCCAACGAAAUCGUGCAUUUGGGGUGGGCUCGGUGCUGGACUAUAGUGUGGAGGAGGAUCUGACGCCAGAGGAGGCGGAGCGUAAGGAAAUGGAGUCCUGUACCUCUGUAUCUGAGAAGGAGAUGGGGGGUGCCGCCCAGAGAGAGAAGCAGUACCGUGCGCAUCGGGAGUUUGGGGAUCGCCGGGACAAGGUCAUCAGUGCCCGCACCUACUUCUAUGCAGACGAAACAAAGUGUGACCAGCACAUGGACAUGUUCCUGCGCUGUAUCGAGGCCUCAGGUAGCAGCUCCGAGGACAGCUUUUCGGCCAUUAAGCUGACGGCUUUAGGAAGGCCUCAGUUCCUGCUGCAGUUCUCGGAGGUGCUGAUGAAGUGGAGGAGGUUCUUUCACCAGAUGGCAGCAGAGCAGGGCAAGGCCGGGCUGGCUGUGGUGGAGACUAAGCUGGAGGUGAAGAAGUUGCAGGAGACCCUGGCAAACCUUGGGAUUGUGACCAAGGCAGAGAGCCAGCACUGGUUCACGGGCGAGGACCUGGGCAUGUCUGGCACCGUGGACUUGCUGGACUGGAACAGCCUGAUUGACAGCCGAACAAAACUCUCCAAGCUGCUGCUCAUCCCAAACAUGAAGACCGGCCAGUUGGAGCCCCUGCUCUCGCGCUUCACCGAAGAGGAAGACCUGCAGAUGAAGCGAAUGUUGCAGAGGAUGGACAUCCUGGCCACGAGAGCCCUGGAGCUGGGAGUGAGGCUGAUGGUGGACGCUGAGCAGACUUACUUCCAGCCAGCCAUCAGCCGGCUCACCCUGGAGAUGCAGCGCAAGUUCAACAUGGAGAAGGCAGUCAUAUUUAACACCUUCCAGUGCUACCUGAAGGAGGCAUACGACAACGUGACGAUGGAUAUGGAGCUCUCUCACCGUGAGGGCUGGCACUUUGGGGCCAAGCUGGUCAGAGGCGCAUACAUGGAGCAAGAGCAGGCUCGAGCUGCCCAAGUCGGCUACGAGGAUCUCCUCAACCCUACGUAUGAAGAGACCAGCAAGAUGUACAAGAGGUGCCUGGACUACGUUCUCAAGGAGAUAAAGUACAGCCGGAAAGUCAGUAUGAUGGUGGCAUCGCACAACGAGGACACAGUGAAGUUCGUCCUUCGCAGAAUGGCAGAGCUUGGCAUUCAUCCCUCUGAGAAAAAGGUGUACUUUGGGCAGCUGCUGGGCAUGUGUGACCAGAUCACCUUCCCUCUGGGGCAAGCAGGUUAUCCAGUCUACAAAUACGUUCCCUACGGCCCUGUGAACGAAGUGUUGCCGUACCUGUCCAGAAGGGCUCUGGAAAACAGGGGCUUCAUGAAGAGAGCCAAACGCGAGAGGGAGCUCCUCUGGAGUGAGUUGAAGAGAAGACUGAUCACUGGCAGCCUUUUCUGUAAUCCAAGCCACUAACCUGUCCUGCCUUGGGCUGGGAUAUAGAAGUAGAACUGCUGUCAUGCGGCGGCAAAUAUCCCAGACUGGCAGACCUAGUGGCUUUUUAAUAGAACUGCUGCUGUUUUUCUCCAAGUACCCUUCUCCACCAAUCUCAGUCCUCUGCAAAGACACUCUCUAGUGCAUUAAUAUCUGACCUGCACCAGUGACCCUCCAAUAAACAUCUCUGCUGCAGGCCCAUGUCACUGCCCCUGCUGUGGGAUGGUUCAGCAGCAGCUGUUUCCUUAAGUUAGAUGCAGUUAAAUGUUGUCCUAGGACAUCAUUGCCUUUCUGGGAUUUAAUACAACUGCAGAUGGGCCCCUAGUUAAAGGCAGGGCUCUGGGAGAGAGCAGCCAUAGGUGUAAAACAGUGGGAGACUCAAUCAUGUCCCUGCAAGUCAUAGCCACCUGCUUGUGACUCCAUCCAACUUCCUGGUGCUGGCAUGAUCACAUUCCUGGCUCCUAGGAGGAUGGAUGGCAUGCCCCAGGGCUCAAAGGUUAAGUCAUCGGAAAGCAGUUAUAGCUUGGCACCCCCACUAGCUCUCCAGGGUGGGGUGAAGAUGGUGAGAACUGGGUGUUCAUACUGUAGUGGGAGGUUCCAUCCAGGCAGCUCUGGGGCCUGCACAUUGCUAGGGGUUACUUAAAUCUUGAAUUGUGCCCUCACGUGGCGGGUGUCCCUAGUUUACAGAUAGGGAAACUGAGGCACAGAAUGAUUGUGACUGGUCUGAGGUCACACGGGAAGGAAGUCUAGUAGAGCCAGGAAUGAUUCUCACGCUUGUGCCUUUAUCACACCCUUUCCUGCCCCACCUCCAUGCCCUCACCAGCCAAAGCCUGUAGCCCUGACACUUGAUGCUGGUCACUAGAGCCCAGGGCCUGCCUAGCUGAUGGAGUGUGUAGGGUGGGGGGAGAUUGGUGAGAAACAGUAGCAGAGCAUGCCAGUGGGGUAAUGCCUCUCCAAGCUGCUGCUCAACCUAUCUGUGAACAGAGUCUGGGGGCCAGCACGGCUGGUCUCUGAUGCACAGACUGCACACAGCCAGCCUCUGGCAGCUCUUCCCUUGUCCUGCAGCUGAAGGAGGAAGGGUGGGGUGCUGACUGCAACACAAGGGGAAGCACCUGUGCUGGGAAUGAGGUUAAAUUGGGCGGGGGGAUUCAGGGAGGGGAGGGGGAAUGUGCUGCUUUAGAACAGAACUGUGUUUUUUAUAAGUGGCCCAGCUGUCUGCACCGCUGGGUUUUCUUGGAUUUGUAGCUGGCUGCGGUGACACCCUGGGUUUGAAAAAAGAACUGUGCAUGUAUUAAAUCUACCAAUGUUCCCA